UUAUAAUUUCCAUUCGCUAAAUUUUGAAAUACCUUUAAUUUUUACUUUAUUUUUACCCUAUUUUCACUUAAUUUUCUAAGCCAUCUCAAAAAUGUUCAAAUUGACCUUAGUUUCUCUUUUGGCAAUUGCUUCUUAUGUCUCUGCAAGUCCAAUUGCAAACCCACUACCAGUUGCUAUUCCAAAUGCUUUAGCAAAUCCAGCAGCUUCUUACGCUUGUCAUGCUUCUUGUGGUAACUUAAUUAUUGCUGCUAGAGCUUGUGCUGAAGAUGGUUCCUCCGAUAGUGGUCCAUACACCGAUGACUGUUUAUGUCCUUCUAGUGGUGAUUCUGAUUUCCAAGCCCUUCUUGACAGCUGUUUAGAAUGUGGUUGGUGUUUAUGGUCUGACUAUGGUUCAUUCUUAACUGCUCCAUUAGCUGCUUGUGGUAAUGUUCCAACUGAACCAACUGGUACUGAAUGUCUUUCCGCUUCUGAAACUUCUACAGCCGAAUCCACUCCAGCCGAAUCCACUCCAGCUGAAUCAUCCCCAGUUGAAUCAUCCCCAGUUGAAUCCACUCCAGCUGAAUCAUCCCCAGUUGAAUCCACUCCAGUUGAAUCAUCCCCAGUUGAAUCCACUCCAGUUGAAUCAUCCCCAGUUGAAUCAUCCCCAGUUGAAUCAUCCCCAGCUGUUUCUUCCCCAGUUGAAUCAUCCCCAGCUGUUUCUUCCCCAGUUGAAUCAUCUCCAGCUGUUUCUUCCCCAGUUGAAUCAUCUCCAGCUGUUUCUUCCCCAGUUGAAUCAUCUCCAGCUGUUUCUUCCCCAGCUGUUUCUUCUCCAGUUGAAUCUUCUCCAGCUGCUUCUGUUUCUGAAUAUACCGGUGGUGCUAACAGAGCUCAAUUUGCUGGUGCUGCUUUAUUAGCUGGUUUUGCUGCCUUCCUCAUCUAAUCUUUUUUGAUUUAAAAUGAUUUUUUUUCACUUUAUGUUUUUAUUCUAUUCUAUUUUUUCUUUUUAAUUUAUUCCAAUUUACUUUAAAACUAGUUCUAGUCUAAGUUCCGUCAAUAUUGCAAACUAUUUAAUCAAUAAAUUAUUCAAAACUAACUC